AGCCAGAGAUGGUAUAGCACAAUAUGGGAGUUUUUAAGAUUGUGUGGUUAUGCUAUGUGUUGUUUCCUUAAUUAUAUAUGGUCGAGAAUAGUUAUAAGAGAUAAUAUUAUUGAAUUGAUGGACAAAUUUAUAUAAUUGGAAAAAUGAGUACUGGAAAGAGUAAUAGUGGAACUGGAGAUGGUCUGGAAGAUCUUGGAAUACCUGGUCAGGUCUUCCUUAGAGAUGCUCUAACAAGCUGUACAGAUCCUUUAAAAGCUAUAGAAGAAUUUCAAUUAGAAAAUGGUAUUUUACUACCAUCCUUGCGGCCUAUGCUACCAUUACUUGACUUGCAUGGUGUUAGGAGAUUGGAUUUUCAUGCAUCAGUUCUGGAAGAAUUGAGGGAAAAAUUAGUACGAAGAAUAAAUGAAAUAGGAGCUGAAAGAGGAGAGAAAGGAAUCAGUGGAGAUAGAAGGCUUAAGGAAUUAUUGUCUAAAAGUUUUCCUGCUGUGAGAGUAUCUGCUCUGAGGCCAGUUGUUAUGUGCAUUUUGAGAAAUACACCACAUAUCGAGGAUAAAUACUUGCGAGUCCUAGUGCGAGAAAAAGAACUGUACAAUGAUGCUGAUACUGAAGUUAAAAGACAGAUUUGGAAAGAUAAUCAGAGUCUUUUUGGAGAUGAAGUAUCUCCUUUAUUCAGUCGUUAUAUUAUUGAGAAAGAGCAAGUCCUGUUUGAUCAUUGUAAUCUUAACAGCCUAUUUUUUACACCAUCACCAAAGGUACGAAGACAAGGAGAAGUUGUUCAGAAGCUUGCCCAUAUGAUUGGUCACAGUGUAAAACUCUAUGAUAUGGUAUUACAGUUCCUAAGAACUCUUUUUCUACGAACCAAAAAUAUUCAUUACUGCACAUUAAGAGCAGAGUUGUUAAUGGCAUUACACGAUCUAGAGGUACAAGAUAUAAUUUCUGUUGAUCCCUGCCACAAAUUUACAUGGUGUCUUGAUGCAUGUAUCAGGGAGAAAAACGUAGACAUCAAAAGGUCACGCGAAUUACAAGGUUUUCUAGACAGUAUUAAGAGAGGUCAGGAGCAAGUUUUAGGGGAUUUAAGUAUGACAUUGUGCGAUCCUUAUGCAGUGAAUUUUCUGGCUAGCAGUGCAAUUAAGAUAGCACUACACUUGAUAAAUGGGGAAGCCCUCCCCAGAGAAAAUGCAGUGCUUGUACUGCUCCUGCGGAUGCUGGCACUGGGUUUAUCAGCUUGGCAGAUGAUAGACUCUCAGGAUUUUAAAGAGCCAAAAUUGGACAGUCAAGUUGUGACGAAAUUUUUACCGGCCCUAAUGUCUCUCAUGGUAGACGAUCAAAUACGCCAACUGAAUUGUAGACUUCCACCGGAUGAGAGAGAGAGUGCAAUAGCCAUUAUAGAACACUCUGGUCCUCCGCCGGAUGCUUGUCAGGCCUAUGCGCAACUCUCAGGUGUUGCUGCUGUUUUAUCAAUGUACUAUGCUCUGCACGUUGGUGGUGGGGGCGGAGCAGGUAGAGGAAGAGGAGAUGCCAGAGGACUCAUGAGAGUUCUUGCAACUCUACCUAAUUGUCAGGCACAACGAGCCUUUGAGGAUCCUUUCUUACACACCCUGGUCUCGCUAUUAAUUCUGAACAUGGCAGAUGAGUUUUCUAAUGAAUCUUUCUGCACGGUCAUCUUCGAUGAGUUCUUUCUGGCAGGAUUGGGCAGGGAUAACGUAACGCGACAUUUACUAAAGUUACUUUGGUACAUUCAUCCAAAAUUACCUCCUGCCAGGCAACACUCUUUGCUCAAAGCACUGCAACCGACUAGCCAGCACAAUGAAGCUGUACAUAGUCUCUACGAAUCCCUGCGAGAGAAAAUGGGCAACAGAACAUUGGAAGAACAAUCCACGUCGGCUGCACAAAUGGAUACGAUGGUGUUGGAAUGUCCUAGUUCACCACUGACGGGUGUUCCCGGGAGUAUUCCAGGAUCGGGGCCGCUGUAAAUCAUCGUGGAUUAUAAACAAUACAUUCCUUGUAAUGAAUUUCCGAUCAUUUUACAUGAGGAGGAGUAUGAGCCGCAGCUUUCUUAAGUGUCUGUGAUUUUUCAAAUUAUUGCGGAAACGAAAAAACACGAAUGUUUUUCAUAAGAUUUCUCAGCGCGAUCGUAUUUUUUUUAUUAAUUAAAUGUAUACAAUUAAAGCACUUUCUUUACAUUUUCA